GCCCUGCGCCAAUGGGAAGCGAGGCCGCGCGCACAGGGCGGUGGGAAGGGCGCCGAGUCGGUGCGUACGCCGUUGCCGUAACGACGGCCCUGGAGCCCGUCGGCAAUGGCCUCCAAUUUUAAAAAGGCAAGCGUGGCCUCAAGUGCCCAGAGAAAAAGGAUGAGUCCUAAGCCAGAGCUAACUGAAGAGCAGAAACAGGAAAUCCGGGAAGCUUUUGAUCUCUUUGAUGCGGAUGGGACUGGCACCAUCGAUGUAAAGGAACUAAAGGUGGCAAUGAGAGCCCUGGGCUUUGAGCCUAAGAAAGAAGAAAUCAAGAAAAUGAUAAGCGAGAUUGAUAAGGAGGGGACAGGCAAAAUGAACUUCGGUGACUUUCUGACUGUGAUGACUCAGAAAAUGUCUGAGAAAGAUACCAAGGAAGAAAUCCUGAAAGCUUUCAAGCUUUUCGAUGAUGAUGAAACCGGGAAGAUAUCGUUCAAAAAUCUGAAGCGCGUGGCCAAGGAGUUGGGCGAGAACCUGACUGAUGAGGAGCUCCAGGAGAUGAUUGAUGAAGCCGAUCGAGAUGGAGAUGGAGAGGUCAACGAGCAGGAGUUCCUGCGCAUCAUGAAGAAGACCAGCCUCUAUUGAGGCCGGUGUGGUCCGUCCUGCUGCAAGCACACGUGACUAGAUGAGUGCCUGCUGUCCUGUGAAAUCUGGCUCCCCAUUUCCCUGUAGAACUUCAGCCAUGACCUCGAACCUAUUUUGGACUUUUGGAAGUGUUCUUUGAUAUUAAAGUUCUUUGUAAAAUGAUCUGCUGAUUAAUUCUUGAAAGCAGAACGAGAGCACAUCAGUACGGGGAAGGGUCUGGGGGUCGCCCAGCGGCCAGUUGUCCUGGCCUCGCUGCACCUUCCGAGCUACGCACGUGUGUGGCUGGGUCACCACCGGCUGUGACCCCUUCUCAAUGGUUCCCCUACUCACCUGAUGCCUGAGUGCCGUCUUCUCUUUUGCAAAACCCAGUGAAUCCUUGCUCUGGCAUUUGGAUGUGUGUUAAUGUUGUUUCUUUUGUCUUCAAAAUAAAACUUUUCUCAGUCUGA